CAAUUAUACGUAAAAAAUCAUACAGAAAAGAUAUAUAAAUAUGAACGCUAUAUAGAUGAACUGACAUGUUAUCAGUUUCUAGGGAGAGGCCAUUUGAUCAGUUUCUUCCUCUCGUUUUCUUCUUCCUUCUUCGACCUAUCGAUGGCGCUCUUCUCGAACAUCUUCAGCUGUUUCUCGGAUUCAACUCAAGAGAACCGGAGAGGGUACGUCUGCAAUGGCGAGGUCUGUGUCCUUGCCGAUGGGAAGAGCUUGAAUGGUGAUCAGAAGAAGCAGCAGAGCCCCGUCGGAAAGAUUUCCUUCGCCCGCCUUUCCAAUCCGAUGAGAAAAGCUUUAAGCUUUAGCUCAUGAAGUCGAUUGGUCUUAGACAUCCAAUGUAAUCCGGUUCACCAGAAUCAACUAUGAUAGUGGAGUUCUCUUCGCCCAGAUCCGAUCAACAUCUGGUCGGGCGAAUGUUCAUUGGCAGAUGCUCAACGACUGCGACUUGCCGAUGCCUGGGCUAGGAACGUUUCGCUCGUGAUCUUUUGCACAUUUACUUUUGGUAACGUACACAUAGUAUCGAUCGUGUAAAAUAAAAGAGGAUGGAACGAUCUCCGUGUAAUACUUUAAAUUAUUUGUUCGGCCAAUUAGUCAGGCUGCGGUAUCAAAUGCAUGAUUCUUGCCGGUCAUAAGCACAUCUAAGUCAGGAACUUCAUACUGCGAUUGCCUCUCUCUUUACGAGUUACGUUUCACAUGAAUAAAUCUCAACCAAUAUUUGUCAAGCCACCUCUGUAAAUUAAUAGCAAACCCGAUUAUAAUUGUCAAGAUCCUGCUCUUUGUGCAGGACCCGAUUAUGCUUUGGCAAAAGCUGCUCGAAAUGGGCUGCAAUAAUCGGAGAGAACGAUGGCUUGGGAAUCAGAUAGACAGAAUCGGUGAGGGCCAGUUUGGCCGCAGCGAAGGUUCGGAAUGCGUGAUAUGUAACACUUUGAGGACUUCAUUUAACGAUUAAUAAAUAGUCAAGGAUGUAUUUGGAAACGCGUUGAAAGAUUGGGGGUACGAUUUGAACGAGCAUGCCGGAUUUUAUGACUGAUGAGAGAGACAAAGACCCAGCCCGGUUAACUCCGAAUGGUCCCACCGGAAUUUCGCGGGAAAAGACGGGACCGUACCGUACACUAGACCUCACCUUCAUCGUCUCGUCGGCACUCGGCAGCCCCUGCGUUCCGUUCUCAGUCCUCAGCUCGAGCUCGAACGAACAACAAUGGAGAGACUCCGGCGAGCAGUGGCUGAGAUCGCCUACGCUCGGGACCACGCUAAGCUCUCCCCGCUGCAGCGCUCUCUAGUUCCUGUGCUCUCCUUGGCCUCUGCUUUCUACCGGUUCGCCCUCUCCCUGCGCUCUUAUCUCUACGGCUCGGGCGUCUUCUCCAAGCACCGAUUGCCCGUGCCGGUGAUUAGUGUGGGGAAUUUGACGUGGGGAGGCAACGGAAAGACGCCCAUGGUCGAGCUUCUUGCAGGCUUGUUCGCUGAUUCGGGGUUUCCGCCACUCAUUCUCACGAGGGGUUAUGCUGGGGGAGACGAGGCUAGGAUGCUUCAAAGGCAUCUUCUUGAGAAAUCGGUUAAAAUUGGUGUGGGUGCUGAUCGAGCAGCAACUGCAGCAACUUUUAUUGGAAAAUAUGGUUGCAUUGAUCCUCGUAUGACUAUAUGCUCCAAGAGUGGGUUCCCCAACCAGAGGUUCAGAAGUCAUUCCCAGACUGAGGGAAUUGGUGCUGUAAUACUGGAUGAUGGGAUGCAGCAUUGGCGCUUGUGGCGUGAUUUGGAUAUUGUAAUGGUUAAUGGUUUACAGCCAUGGGGAAAUGGUCAGUUACUUCCACUCGGACCUCUGAGAGAACCUCUUACAGCCCUUCAAAGAGCAGACAUUACCGUAGUCCACAAUGCAGACUUGGUGCCAGGACAAAAUCUUAAACGCAUUGAGCAUACAAUUCGAGAAGUUAAAGAUUCUAUUCCAAUUUUUUAUACUAGAAUGGCUCCUGCAUACUUUUUCGAAGUGGGAAAUAUUGCCUCUCUGAUACCGUUGGAGGCACUUUCUGGGAACAUUGUACUAUGUGUCUCUGCAAUUGGUUCUGCUACUGCUUUUGUCAAAGGGGUGGAAAAUCUUGGAGCCAUUUAUAUUGAUAGAAUUGACUUCAGUGACCACCACAUAUUCAAAAGAGAGGAUAUUCAGAUGAUAAAAAUGAGGCUCAAGGAGCUGGAGGGUCAAUUUGGCAUGGAGCCAAUUAUCAUUAUAACAGAAAAGGACCAUGAUCGGGAUCCGGAGAUACUAAAACAUUUCAGUCCUUAUAAGGUUUGGGCGGUAUGUGCUCAACUGCAGUUUGUUUCUCGUGAAGGAUGCUCCAAGGAUCAGUUCAAGAAUUUGUUGGCAGAGCUCUUGAAAGUAAAACUGUCUGGCAGGACUUGCAACGUUGAAUGAGUGGGCAGUUCUCUGGUGACUUCUCAGCUGCGUAAAUGGACAUGCUAUACAGAGAGGAACCUGAAUAGAAUGAACUGCUUAACAAUGUCAACUUAACUAUAUGCUUGCAGGACCAGAUAUGGGUUCGUGGUUUAACUUAUCCAACAAAAGAAAAGGACUCUCGUGUUUUCCCUCCAAUAAAGUUUAUGCCCUCAGAGUCAUUUUAAACCGUAGUUUAGGGGAAAUUAGCAUAGUGAUGCUACAAUCUGAGCAGAACCAUGCCUUCCUUGUAACGGUUGCUGGGCGUUCUUUUUCUCAGGGGAUGAGGUCUAUGAUGAGAUGCUGAAGUGAGAGAACCUGGUACUGGAGUAAUGUAGAUGAGAUUGAGAUGAUUCCGGCCUUCUAGGUUUAAAAGAAGCUGAAGUUUUCCGAAUUUGGUCUUCAUCGGAGUUUGGGAUACUGUUCUACAUUUCCUGAGAAAAGUAGGAACUUUCCUCAGAAAGCAGAUGAUAUUGGUUUGAAGCUACUUCGCUGUGCCAGCUAUCAUUUGAUUGUUCAGUACUCAUUCUGUUCCAUUACAAGAUGAGGGAUGAAGUGUUAGUUCACAGAAAGUGAACCUAUGCAAGAAGACUCGCGGGAUAUUUCUUGUUUUGUAUAUGAAAUAUUUUCUGUAACUCUUGAGAAUUUGUGCUCUUCGAUGGUUCAGAAGAUGCAGCUCUGACGAGCAUCCUGAAACUCGUUGCAAGGGCAGUUUUGCAAAUGGAAAUGAACUAGUGAUCACAAUUGAUGUUCGAGCUA